CUUGCAUUCACAUACGAUCUCACGUAUGUUUCCUAGUCAGUAGGCAAUUAAAUCUUGAGUCUUUGAUAGAAAGGUUUAGAGUAAGAAUUCGAAUUUCCCGGUGCAUUUUGCGAGUGUCCUUCAAACGAUUAUUUAUAUGUAAUUGGUAUCUACUUUCUUGCGACAGCUGAUAAGCUCCGUAAAUAUUGAUAACGAUUGAAUCAGUGAGGAGAACUCAUUCUCAGUGCACGAUCGACCCUGCGAGGGGUAAACAAGAUGGAAAAUGACACUGUACAGACUGUCCGCGGGCCGGUCAAGCUCACCGAGCUUGGCAGGACUUUAACCCACGAGCACUUGGCUCUCGACUUUCAUCACUUUUACGUAUCUCCGCCUAAGCAUCUCGAAAAGUUCUUCGACCACGUAAUUCGUGUGGACAACGUGGGUGUGCUCAGGCAAUAUCCUUAUAGCAGUAGGGAGAAUUUAACAUUCAACGACGAGAGCUCCUACGAAGCCGUCCUCGAGGAUGUCAAACUCUUCAAGAAAUUCGGCGGUGGCACCAUAGUUGAAAAUACCACUCAUGGCUUACAACGUGAUGUAUCCAUGAUGAAAAAAGUCAGCGAGGGGAGUGGGGUUCACGUGAUUGCAGGCACUGGCUACUACGUCGCCCUCACGCAGACCAGAAAUGUUCUUUCCCUCGGCCAGGAAAAGAUGUUUGAUUUUAUGAGGAAAGAAAUGACGGAGGGAUGCAUCGAGUCUCCGGAUGUCAAAGCAGGAUUCGUGGGCGAAGUCGGCAGCUCAUGGCCGAUCGACGAGUUCGAGAAAAAAGCCAUCCGAGCUGCAGGAGAGCUGCAAGCUCAGCUGAAUUGCCCAGUCAGCUUCCACCCAGGAAGGAAUUCGGCAGCUCCUUUCGAGAUUUUGAGGAUUUACAUGGAAGCUGGCGGAGCAGCUAACAAAGCCAUAAUGUCGCACCUGGAUAGGACGUUAUUGAGGGAAGGGGAUCUUCUGGAAUUUGCGAAAAUCGGGUCUUACUGUCAAUUCGAUCUGUUCGGCACGGAAUGCUCCUUUUAUCAAUUGCACAAACACACCGAUAUGCCAUCCGACGCUCAGCGUCUCGAUAAAAUCAAGCUUCUAAGAGACGAAGGCAGAAUCGAUAAAGUGAUGAUGAGCCACGACAUUCAUACGAAACAUCGACUGUUACAAUUCGGGGGCCACGGAUACUCUCACAUUAUCAACAACGUUCUGCCUAGAAUGCGGCUGAAAGGAUUCACCGAAGAGGAAAUAGAUCAGGUCACCGUGCACAACCCAAGAGCAUGGCUAUCACGUUAGCCCUUACAUCCCUCCUACAUAUCAGUCUUUCCCAAGCACAAUUUAAAUUUCCUCCAUUCGUCCUCAUAAUCGCCCGUCGAAAAGAAGUCUAAAAAUCCGCGUUAUUCCAAUAAUUACCCCAUACCCCUACUUAGGAUAUUAAAAAAAAAAAAUAAAAUUGCUAAACCCUUU